UCCUGGUUUCGCUCACUGCAUUCCAAGGCUCCAGUUGGAUACCGGCAAUCCCUCGGGAAGGGAAGGGAAGGGAAGGGAUGAGGAUGGAAGCGAAGACGAGCGAGAGAGCGGAGUCCGAGUCGGAUGGUGUCAAGAAGGAACAGGAGUUGGACUUGAGUGGGAUGUCGUUGGACUCGCUGCCGAAUCCUUCCAUCAAUCUCGGCAUCAUCACCAAGCUUGAUCUCUCAAAUAAUAACCUUCAGAGCAUUCCGGAGUCGCUGACGGCGAGGCUGCUGAACUUGGUGGUGCUGGAUGUGCACUCCAACCAGCUGAGGGCGCUGCCCAACUCCAUAGGCUGCCUCUCCAAGCUGAAGGCCUUGAACGUCUCCGGCAACCUUAUGGAGUCCCUUCCGAAGACCAUCGAGGACUGCCGGGCUUUGCAGGAGCUGAUUGCCAACUUCAACCAGCUCACCAAGCUCCCAGACACCAUGGGUUUCGAGCUCACCAACCUCCAAAUGCUGGCCGUCAACACCAACAAGCUCGCCUUCCUCCCCUUCUCCACCUCGCACAUGACUUCCCUCCGAGUCCUGGACGCCCGCCUCAACUGCCUGCGCGCCCUUCCCGACGGCCUCGAGAACCUCAUCCGGCUUCAAGUCCUCAACGUCGGCCAGAACUUCCAGUACUUGCAGUCUCUUCCCUACGCCAUCGGGCUCCUCGUCUCCCUAGUCGAGCUCGAUAUCAGCUACAACAGCAUCACCGUCCUCCCCAACUCCAUGGGGUGCCUGACCAAGCUUCGGAAGUUCCAAGUCGAAGGCAACCCCCUGGUGUGCCCGCCCACGGACGUGGUCGAGCAAGGCAUCGACGUCACGCGGGAGUACCUCAGCGCGAGGAUGAACGGGAGCGAGACGGGUCCCUCGUCGAGUAAGCACUCGUGGAUCAAGAAUCUGGUCAAGUGCGGCACCUUCAGCGGCCGCAUGAUGUCGAGCAACAUCAGCGUCAGGGAUGAGAAGGACGGGCUUCUGAUGUCAGACUAUCGUUCCAUCGAUGGGCUUGCUUCGCCGAGGUACGUUGGCAUCUUCUCGCCUCGACGACUGUUCUCGCCCCGACGGGCUUCGCCGCGGAAGUAGCAGGAAGAGUUCAACAACAGUCGCAGCAGCUUGUUGGGGUUCGGCGUCGAGUUGAUCAUACAUGACAAUAACGAGUUCUCCGUCUAUAGAAUAGCUGUUUAGAAGCGCAUCUGUAAGAUACCACGGACUCAAAAACUUCCUCUCCGACAUGUAAGUCACUGUGCAGUCCGGUCGUGAUCGAUACGAUCGUAAUGCAUGAGCGAAGGAGAUGUUCUCCGGCCGCCUCAA